AUAUAAUUUGAUUGCUACAAAAAACAAACACCCUCAAUUAGAUACCAACAAACACUACAUUGCUUUUUUUCAAAUUCUGCCAAAAAAGACACAACAUACUUAUUCAACACCUAACUCACUACAUAAUCACAAACACACACCCACACACCCACACGGAUGUGUGUGUCAGUAGUGUGUGUUUGUUGCUUCUGAGUUCUCAAACCAACCUCAACAUCUCAAGUACCCCUCUCCCUUUCUGCCCACUACAUAUACACUUAGCACCUCACACAAAAUUUCUGCACUUACAAAAAAAGAAAAAAAAAAAACAAUGGCAACAAUUCAUUCACAUUGUUCAUUCUCUUGUAUUUUUGUCGUAAUCUCCGUCGUCCUUGUUGCGUUCCUUCACCAGACCGCCGGCAAACCAGCCCAGCACAAACGAACGCCGAUGACCAAGGAAAAACUCAGCCAUCUCCGCAUGUACUGGCACGACGUCGUCAGCGGCCGCAACCCGACAUCGGUAACGGUCGUGAAUCCGCCCGCCCGAUACGCGAACAGGUUCGGGGCUAUCAACGUGAUCGACAACCCGCUGACCCUAGGGCCCGACCUGAGAUCCGAGGCUGUCGGAAAGGCGCAAGGGCUUUACGCGCUGGCGUCGCAGGAAGAGACUGGGCUGUUGAUGACGAUGAACUUCGUUUUCACACGUGGAAAGUAUAACGGGAGCACGAUCUCCGUUUUGGGGAGAAACGCCGUUUUGGACAAGGUGAGAGAGAUGCCCGUUGUCGGCGGAAGCGGGCUUUUCCGAUUUGGAAGGGGUUACGCUGAGGCCCGAACUAUCAAGUUUGAUACCAAGAAUGGAGAUGCCACUGUCGAGUACAAUGUUUAUGUCAUGCAUUAUUGAUUUUUAUUUUUUUUUGAGAAUUUUCAGCUCUCUAUAUAGUAAUUAUGUGGUGGAAUUUAUUGUAUUUCGUACCUAUGUUAUAUUGAACUGCUAAAAAGAAUUCUCAUAUUAUAAAUUUAUAA